UUCCUUGCCAGAAACAUACGUGGAGGGAUUUCAUGAUAUCACACAAGUAAAGUUAAUGCCCUAUCGACCGUUGGGAAGAACUGGGCUACAUGUAUCAGCAUUGAGUUUUGGUGCUAGUUCCCUGGGUAGUGUUUUUCGAUCAACAGAACAAGGUGAAUCAUUAGAAGUUGUAAAAACGGCACUGAAAUCUGGCAUCAAUUAUUUGGAUACAGCACCUUGGUAUGGUCAUGGCAAGUCAGAGAGUGUACUGGGCAAGGCUGAGGUGAGACUUGAAUCAGUCCAAUCCUCUUCAUUGAGAAUCAAGUACAUUUUAACAUUGACUAUUAAAACACAUGAGAUUUUACAGAUUUGUAUACAUGACAUGGAGUUUGCACCAAGCAUUGAUAUUAUACUUAAUGAAACUCUCCCAGCCCUACAGAAAGUCAAGGAAGCAGGAAAGGCUAAAUUUAUUGGCAUCACUGGAUAUCCUCUAGAAAAUUUCAAGACUGUUUUAGAGAAGAGCCAAGUUCAGAUUGAUGUCAUCCUGACCUACUGCAGAGCUUCUAUGAAUGAUAAUUCUUUAAGAGACUGGCUGCCAUAUUUCCAAAGCCAAGGUGUGGGAGUAGUCAACGCAUCUCCUAUCAGCAUGGGUCUGUUAUCCAGUCGAGGCCCACCAGCCUGGCAUCCUGCAUCUUCAGUAAUAAAAACGGCUUGUGCUGAGGCUGCUGCCUACUGCAGUGAAAGAGGGGUUGAUAUAUCCCGUUUGGCACUGAAGUUUACACUGGAUCAGACAGAUAUUCCAACAACUCUAGUCAGCACUGCCAGUCUAGAAAAUCUGCAAAAAAACAUUGAGUCAGUUCACACACCACUGAGCGACAAGGAGAAACAAGUUCUUGAGGAAGUCAUGGAGAAGUUUCUGAACCCUCUUCAGAAUGCAAACUGGGAAGGGGUGGAAGUUGCUGAAUACAGGAGGUCAUUAGAACAGCAGUGCGAAAACUUGGUGAACUGA